AUGGUUUCUCUUUUGAAAAAGCCUCUAAAGCUCGCCCUUGUGCAGCUUGCUUCCGGCGCAGACAAAGCAGUCAACCUCGCUCAUGCUCGCACCAAGGUUCUCGAGGCAGCAAAAGCUGGAGCAUCGCUCAUCAUUCUCCCUGAAUGUUUCAACUCCCCCUACGGCACACAAUAUUUCCCGAAAUACGCCGAGACGCUUCUCCCUUCUCCUCCAACGAAGGAGCAGUCCCCAACAUACCAUGCGCUCUCAGCAAUAGCAGCAGACGCCAAAGCAUACAUCGUUGGAGGAAGCAUCCCGGAACUAGAGCCUACGACAAAGAAAUACUACAAUACAUCUCUCGUCUUUUCGCCCACGGGGGCUCUCAUUGGCACCCAUCGCAAGACACACCUCUUUGACAUCGACAUUCCCGGAAAGAUCAGAUUCAAGGAAAGCGAGGUCCUCAGCCCCGGCGAGCAGUUGACUAUUAUUGAUCUGCCCGAGUACGGGAGAAUUGGCCUCGCAAUCUGCUACGACAUCCGCUUCCCGGAGUCAGCUAUGAUCGCGGCCCGCAAGGGUGCGUUCCUUCUCGUCUAUCCGGGGGCCUUCAACCUGACAACCGGACCAUUGCAUUGGUCGUUGCUCGGCCGGGCGCGCGCGGUAGACAACCAGGUUUAUGUGGCACUUUGCAGUCCUGCGAGGGAUAUGAAUGCCACGUACCAUGCUUGGGGUCAUAGCUUGGUUGCUAACCCUAGUGCGGAGAUUCUGGACGAGGCUGCGGAAGAGGAGACAAUUGUGUAUGCUGAUUUGAAUGAUGAGACGAUUGAGAAUACCCGGAAGGGUAUCCCGAUCUAUUCUCAGCGGAGGUUUGAUCUAUAUCCUGAUGUGAGUGGUGAGGGGAGUCAUUCAUGA